ACUAAAAUCAAAAGGCAAAAUGAUGUCCUCCGCCGGCGCUAGCCUGCGAGCUUCCGGACUCGGCCGAUGGGGCCACCUGACAGGCUCUCCAAAGCUGUGGUCUGGCGGCCGGGUCUCAUGGGCCCCUGCCCGGAAGACAGCGACCUGGAGCCUGGAGCCCGCCGGCCGCUGCAGCUGGGACGAGCCCGUGCGCAUCGCCGUGCGCGGCCUGGCCCCGCGACAGCCCGUCACGCUGCGCGCGUCCCUGCGCGAUGAGAGGGGCACGCUCUUCCGGGCCCACGCGCGGUACCAAGCCGACGCCGGCGGCCUUCUGGACUUGGAGCGCGCGCCCGCGCUGGGCGGCAGCUUCGUGGGACUCGAGCCCAUGGGGCUGCUCUGGGCCCUGGAGCCCGAAAAACCCCUGGUGCGGUUGGUGAAGCGGGACGUGCAGACGCCCUUCGCGGUGGAGCUGGAGGUGCUCGACGGCCACGAGCCGGACGCCGGGCGCGUCCUGGGCAGGGCGGUGCACGAGCGCGACUUCCUGCGGCCGGGCGUGCGGCGGGAGCCGGUGCGCGCGGGCCGGCUGCGCGCCACGCUCUUCCUGCCCCCAGAACCGGGGCCCUUUCCUGGGAUUGUGGACAUUUAUGGAGUUGGAAGUGGCCUUCUGGAACAACGAGCUAGUCUGCUGGCUGGCAAGGGUUUUGCUGUGAUGGCUCUGGCUUAUCAUAACUAUGAAGACCUCCCCAAAGGCCUGGAGAUCCUCCACCUGGACUACUUCGAAGAAGCUGUGAACUACCUGCUGGAUCACCCUCAGGUAAAGGGUCCGGGAGUCGGGCUGCUUGGCAGUUCCAAAGGAGGUGAACUCUGCCUGUCUAUGGCCUCAUUCCUGAAAGGUAUCACUGCUUCUGUCAUAAUCAAUGGCUCUGUGGCCAUUGUCGGAGGAGCCUUACACUACAAAGAUGAGAUGUUGCCCCCUCUGGGCAUAGACCCAAGUCGAAUAAGGCUGACCAAAGACGGCUUGAGAGACAUUUUGCAUGUCCUGAACAGCCCUUUGGAAGGAGCUGACCAGAAGAGUUUCAUUCCCGUGGAAAGGGCUGAGAGUGCCUUCCUGUUCCUUGUAGGUCAGGAUGACCGCAACUGGAAGAGUGAAUUCUUUGCUAAUGAGGCCUCUAAGUGCUUACAGGCCCAUGGUAGGGAGAAGCCCCAGAUCAUCUGUUAUCCUGGGACAGGGCACUACAUUGAGCCUCCUUACUUCCCCAUGUGCAGAGCUUCCCUACACGUCUUCGUGGGUGGUCCUGUCAUCUGGGGAGGGGAGCCCAGGGCUCAUGCCAUGGCCCAGGUGGACGCUUGGAAGCAGCUCCAGACUUUCUUCCACAAACACUUGGUGGAGAAAAGUUAGGGGAACUCUCCUGAAAAUAUAACCCACUAUUUGAAGUUUAGGAGGGUGAGACUAAUAUAUGCUAAGCAGCAACAGUUAAAGACAGUUCACCCGCUGUAUUAUUAUAACACUUUUAGGUUUUUAUUCCUUUCUCUUUAAAUGACAUCACCAUUAAAAAUAGUCUCCAUAUGGGACACCACCUGGGUGGCUCAGUCAGUUAAGUGUCUGCCUUUGGCUCAGGUCAUGAUCCCAGGGUCCUGGGAUCGAGUCCUGCAUGGGACUCCUUGCUCAGCAGGGAGCCUGCUUCUCCCUCUCCCUCUCCUGCUCCCCCUGCUUGUGCUCUCUUUCACAAAUAAAGAAAUAAAAAAAAAAUCUUAAAAAAAUAGUCUCCAUACAAAUUAUGUCAGGAAUGAAAAGAGAGCCGUAAGUAUAAGCAACUUUUGUUAAAGAUUAAAUAGUGGAACAUUACAAGUGAAGAUGCCGUCUCCUUUCAGUGUUCUUGCCACGGUCACUACUGUCGGGGAGCAAGAAUUCCUAUCCCAUAUUAGGUCCUUCUAGCUGGCUAAGAAUCAAAUUGACAAGAGACAGAUUAACAGGAGAAAAUCAAAUCUGAUAGCAUGUGCACAGGAAAUCCACACAGACAUGGAAAUUCAAAAGACAGUCAGGCAAAACGAGGUAUGUACGUCAUCCUGAACUAAGGAGAAAAGGUUAGGGGUCUAGGACUUCGGAGGGAAGGAAUGCACUUCAUAGGGCAAUAAGAAGAGCAGAUGUUUGAUAAUUAGAUGUUUGCUCUGCCAUACAGAUGGGUCACUCAGAUACAGUUUAUCUCUGUUAAUAACCCUUAUUCUGGGAAAGACCCUCAAUUUAGAUUCUUCCAUGUAAUUAAGGGAAAGGCAAAAAUUUCUCUUGAGCCUGUAGGGUCUCAAUUGCCUUUAGCUCAAAAUAAUCUAGCCAAAGUGGCCCAUCAAUCCCUAGGCUACCAUUAUCCUCCACAAAAUAAUCUUUGUGAUGAUUUUCAUGUGUGUCCUUUCACAUAUUCUGCUUUAACAUGGAUAUAUAUAUAUACCAAUAAAAAGUGUUUUGUUGCGUAAA